GUGUUCUGGGUUUUCGACCCUUCGACCUGCAUUGCGCAACCCACGACCCUUCGACGCACCUCUUCGCGCGAUCCUUCUACAAAACUAGUGUUCUAUCGAUGUCUAAGGUGCAUUCUACGCUACCAAUACACCACUCUUGCAUUAGCCAAGCUUGAGUCACCACACCAAUCCCCAGUAAUACGAAUGGCGAAAUACUCAUGAUUGGCGAGAUGCUCAAUGUGCUGCAGUCGAUCCAACUGCUGUUUGCGCUGCUGCCCAUCUUACAUUUCACGAGCCACGUGGGUCUUCUGGGCGCCUUUGUCAACUCGACGACGACCAAAGCCGCGGGCUGGGCGGUUGCGCUCCUCGUCUGUCUCGUCAACCUCUACCUCGUCAUGCAAAAGGUUGAUGUGACCGCGAUGGGCCCAGCGUCUCUUCUCGCGUUCGUCUCGGCGGGUACGAGUUACGCGGCGUUUCUUGCUUACCUUAACGUCGGCGGCCAAAAGCUCUGCAACGUGCUGGAGUUCAUCGUCCGGCAGUACGUCAUGCCGUCCGUCGUCGGGAUGCGCGUACGAGGUACAGUCGUCGGGCGCGAGCUUGGACAAAUGAUCGGUGGCUUGGUUGAACUCGCGAGGGUGGUGUUCCCAUGUGCACGUAAAACAUGCCGCGAGCUCUCGCGCCUGGACAUGCAACUUCUGCAAGCGAGCCUCUUGGACCCGGAAGAUGCCCUUCACCAGCUGCAUCAGCAGCAUGCUGUCUCCGCGUACCGUGAGAUGCGUCACUGCCAGUCGCUGUGCUAACUGUAGCGCCGUGAUCAAACCGUCAUACUCAGCCUCGUUGUUCGUUGUCGCGGUAUCAAGGUAGUUGGCCUGGUACACCACGCUUUGGGACGGUUCAGUCAAAAAGACGAGCGAGCCGCUACCGCCGCAAUGCGGGUCUUUCCGAGCAGCGCCAUCGAAGUACGCGACCCCCGCACGCGAGGUCGUGUGGCACACCGGGUCGAGAACCGCGUGCUCGCCGUGUUGCUGCACGAGCGACUCGAAGACACGAGCUCGGAGCGCGUGAUGACGUCGAGUGUGGUACUGGCGUUGCGCCUCGCAGUAGUCCAAAGUGACCUACCGGACGUUCGCGAGGUCCGGCAGCGCAUCGUCGGGAGCGUGCAUCUUGCGACAGCGUUGAUUCCAGAGCGUUCGGAGCGUGAGGUAGCGUAGCAUCUGCCAGGCUUGCUGCCCGAAUAUAUUGGCGGAGCAGCCUCGAUUAUCGCCGA